GAGCAAUUGCGGCACAGAUGCGGUUGAUGACAAUGCGACGUGAGUCUACGUGAGCUCGAUCAUCCAGGUUUGGCUUUUAGUGUGGGUCAAAAUAUGCUACAUUGGUGCAUUUUGCAAUAUGCACUGAGUCAGUGACGUAUUGGAUUCAAGUUACCGUUGCUGGUCAAGCAAGGACAAAGAAUUGAGAUUUCAAUACAAAUACCAGCUUGACCAACCCCCUUAUCGAUAUCAUAUCAUCCUUUUCUCCCAUCUCAACUACAAACAUGUCGUCUCCUAAAGUCGCAAUCAUCAUUUACUCCAUGUACGGCCAUAUCGCCAAGCUGGCCGAGUCCGUCAAGACUGGUAUCGAGUCUGCUGGAGGCUCCACCACCAUUUACCAGAUUGGUGAAACAUUGCCCGAGGAAGUCCUCGCAAAAAUGCAUGCUCCCGCAAAGCCAAAUUAUCCCAUCAUCACACCAAGCGAACUUGCCGGCUUUGACGCCUUCAUCCUCGGUGUCCCUACCCGUUAUGGCAAUUUCCCCGCUCAGUGGAAAGCUUUCUGGGACGCAACUGGUGGGUUGUGGGUCAGCGGUGCCUUGGCCGGCAAAUUCGCGGGUGUCUUCGUUUCUACCGGUACCCCAGGUGGAGGACAGGAAGCUACCGUCAUCAACACCCUCUCCACUCUCUCUCACCACGGCAUUAUCUACGUUCCCUUGGGUUACAAAAACACAUUCGCACAACUCUCUAACAUGAGCGAAGUUCGCGGUGGUUCUCCUUGGGGUGCUGGAACCUACGCAGGGGCCGAUGGCUCACGCCAGCCUUCAGCCCUUGAACUAGAGCUCGCUACCCUCCAAGGCAAGGGCUUCUGGGAGAUCGUUUCCAAGUACAAAUUCUAGAGCCAUUCAUAAACAUACAUACGGACUUGCAGAAGCUUCAUAGUAAUGGUUACAUACGCACAACAGAAAUCAACUUUCAUGUAAAAUAUAUUGGCUCGCUAAAUUCAAGGUUGUUGCACGCUGUC